AAUCUAGGGUUCUUCUUGGUUCUCUCGAGAUGCCUCGGUACGAUGACCGCUAUGGUGGAACACGUCUCUACGUGGGACGCUUGUCGUCGCGGACAAGGUCGCGUGAUCUUGACGACCUCUUUAGCCGAUAUGGAAGGUUUCUUGGCUUUUGCCUAACCUGGAGGUCUAUGGUGAGAGGGUGAACCUUGGUGGAUUUGGCGAGUCUUUCUAUAAUGUUAUUGCGUGUUUUUAUGGAAAUGGCAACAAUCUCAAAGUGGUGUUUAGUUCAUCUAUGAGGGGCGAAGUGUCCAACCCUUCGAUACUUGUGUCUUGAUGGCCUUACUGUUUCUGGCACCCGUUUACGCAGAGUACGCGAUGUGGAUAUGAAGCGCGACUUUGCCUUUGUUGAAUUUAGUGACCCUCGAGAUGCUGAAGAUGCAGUAUAUGGUCUGAAUGGCCGGGAAGUUGAUGGAAGCAGAGUCAUUGUAGAAUUUGCAAAGGGGGGCCCACGUGGUGCUGGUGGAUCUCGUGAGUAUCUUGGUCGAGGUCCUCCUCCUGGAUCAGGGCGCUGCUUUAAUUGUGGAAUUGAUGGCCAUUGGGCACGAGAUUGCAAGGCUGGGGACUGGAAGAAUAAGUGUUAUCGCUGUGGGGAAAGAGGCCACAUAGAACGGAAUUGUAAGAACAGUCCUAAGAAAGUUAGAGGUGGGAGCUACUCAAGGUCAUUGAGUCCUCAACGUGGUAGAAGUCGCAGUUAUAGCAGGGGUCGUAGUUACAGUCGAUCUAGAUCACCAUUAAAGAGAGAACGAAGCCUUGAGCAGGUUGAAAGAAGAUCAAGGAGCCCCCGUGACAGCCAGAGCCCUAGGCGGCACAGGAGUUCACCACCACCAUCUAAAGGGAGGAAGCAUAGUCUUACACCUGAUAAGAGCCCACAAGAGAGAGGUAGCCCGUCCCAAAGGGAUGGCGGACAGGCCAAUGAGUCUGAUUACAGUGGGAGUCCCAGGGGAAAGAGCAGAAGCCCUAUGGAUGAUGCUGAUGAAGAGGCCCCACACGAGCGGAGUUAUGGAAGCCCUGCCAAAGAAAAUGGCCAGAGUCGCAGCCCUAGUCCUAGCCGUAGGGAUGAUAGGAGCCCUGUUGAGAAUGACGAUAAUCAUGGUUCUCCAAGAGGAAGCGAGUCAAACUGAAGGCAUUGUUAAGUGACGGAAUACAACUUAAAAACCGGUUAUUGAUAAACGUUCUGCUUUAUAUGGGUAACUUUAGUCUUGAACAUUUCCAAACCUGUUAGAAAUUUUCUGAACUUUUACUGGAGAGGUAUUAUUUAUACGGUUCCAGUGAUCUUAACUGUACCUUAUGUCAUUUUACUAGUUUUCUUGUGCAACAAUAAAGAUAUGGCGUCGCUUGUCAUUGGGACA